UACUUUCCAUCCGAGAUCUCGGAUCGAUUUCUAGCAUCGUGGACACAAAAAUAACAUUUAAAUCACGAUCGAUUCGAACGUCGGGUCCGCGCGUCAUCGUCGGAAAACAUACGAAAAACAUUCGAAGCGCAUGUCCCGAUGACUCACCGACCGUCAUUCGCGACCGUGUCGCUGUACGAUCGUCCUCGAUAUCGACUCGAGUUCGUGUUUCCGAUCCUGGUUGGAGUCGAUAAGAAUAGCGAAUCUUAUCGCUCUUGCGGCGGCACGGCGCCGCUCACCGCGUGUUCUCUAAUCCGAGUGUCGCGAGCCACGAACGACCUUGGACCGCGGCCGUCCUCGCGCCGAUCUCGCCAACGUCACCCCGUCGCCAACAUCCGAAUAUCUAUCAGGUUCAGGUACGUUCACCUGUCUACCGAUAUGGAAGGACGCGACGAUGGUGCCAGCGGCGGAGCGCAUCUCGCGGUCUUCGCCGGUAUUUUUGCUACCGGCGGCAGUCUUCUGGGCAAGCUCGCCGGUGGCGCUGACGCAUCGUCAUUGUUGUCGUUACUUCUAAAAGGAGUGCUUCUCGUCUGUAUGAUCAUAUGCAACACCGUGGGAUGCACAUUUUUUGUCAAAGCGCUUCACGGUAGCGGAUCUUCUUUGCCGAUAACGAUCGCCAGUUCAGCCACAAGCUAUGUUUGUUCAGCUUUUGUAGGUUUCGUCAUAUUUAACGAAUCCACUUCAUUGACCUGGUGGUGCGGAACUUUCUUGGUACUUUUCGGCUUGAUGCUCAUCUGCUAUGUUCCCGCUGAAAAGGACGCUUCCGCCAUCAAAGAAAAAUUGAAACAUCAAUAACUGACAACGGUCGCUUUUAUAUUAAGAGCAAGAAUGAGACUACGGCGAUAUUGCAACGAUACGAUUAUUUCCAUUUUUGUAUUGACAUCACAGAUAUUUAUUGUCUUUAUGCCGGAAAUUUUGUUACUAUGAAUGAUAAGUAUAAAUGUCUAAUAUAUAAAAUAAAAUAUUAAUAUAUGCUUUAUUGUAAA